CUUCCGCCCGCCCGAGGGAGCACUUUCGCUUUUCUUUCCUCUGGAGCCGGCAGUUUGCUGUUUCGUCGGCCGGUGCCCCGACUUCCUGUUCCUCCCGCUGUGUCCCCUGUGCACAGAAAGCCUGGAGAAGGGUAGGAGCAGGCGCAGCCCCAGCCCCAGCCCCCAGGAUGCCCACCUUGCCCGCGGCCUGGAACGAGGCUCUUCUCCAGCACUUCACAUGCCGGAAGCUGGAGAUCGCCUACGCCAUCCACAAGCCAUUUCCCUUCUUCGAAGGCCUCCGAGACAAAGCCUUCAUCACGGAGAGAAUGUACACGGAGUCUUUGGAAGCCUGCAGGAAUUUGGUCCCUGUGUCCAGAGUGGUGUACAACGUUCUCACCAGACUGGAGCAGACGUUCAGCCUGCAGCUGCUGGAGGCCUUGUUCAGCCAAAUCAACCUGCGCGAAUACCCCAGGCUGGCGGCCGUGCUCAGGAGCUUCAGAGGAGCCUGCGCUUCCCACGGAGAGUGGAGCAGACCCACGGUGGUCCUGCUGGAAGGCCCGCCUGACCCAGCAGAAGGCAGUCGCCUACAGACCCUGCUGCCGCUGCCUGCACCCCCACCGCCCCCACCCAGCUGCCUGCCCACAGCGCACAGGGGCAGUGAGCCUGGAGGAUCCUCGGCCAGCACUUCGGAGUCUCUGCCUGGACCCACCGUGGGAGGAAGGAGCACUCCGGUGACCAGUGACAGCUUAACAUCCAGAAUAGACGAGGAGGAAGACCCCCAAGAGCUGCCCAGCCCUCGCCCCAGCCCUGUGCAAGUCGUAAGAGAUGACUCUCCAGAGCCGAGUGACCCAGAAGAGCCUGGGGAGGCACUGAGCCCAGCUCCAAACAAGAAACGAAGCAAAAGGAAAAGGAGUAUCUGGUCAACCCCAAAGAAGAGACACCGGAAAACAAGCCUCCCAAGAGCCUCAUCUGGAAUCCAAGAGAAGCUCCCGGUGGUAGACCAGGCGACUCACAGGACAGACGGUCCAACCCAGACCUCGGGGGUGAUGACAAGAGCCCAGAAGGCGAGGGCAGAGUGUGCCCAAGUGUCCAGACCAGAAGAAGGUGAGCCUGAAGCCUCAUCUGGAAUCCAAGAGAAGCUCCCGGUGGUAGACCAGGCGACUCACAGGACAGACGGUCCAACCCAGACCUCGGGGGUGAUGACAAGAGCCCAGAAGGCGAGGGCAGAGUGUGCCCAAGUGUCCAGACCAGAAGAAGUCAGAGUUACACAGAGAGAAGGAGAGGCAGAGAGAGAGGUCUUCCAUCCGAUGGUUCACUCUGGCAGAUGGCCACAAUGGCCAGAGCUGCAACAGUCCAAAGCCAGAAGCCAGGAGCUUCUUCCGGGUCUCCAUGUGUGUGCAGGGGCCCAAGGACUUGGGCCAUCUUCUAGUGCUUUCCCAGGCCACAGCAGAGAGCUGGACAGGAAGAGGAGCAGCCGGGACUAGAACCAACGCCCAUAUGGGAUGCUGGCACUUCAGGCCAGGGCGUUAACCCGCUGCACCACAGUGCUGGCCCCAGGAUCACUUCUUACUGGUUCAUUUCUGGGAUAGCUUAGUCAAGGAGUCUGCUGCACACUGGUCCUCAAACUGCCCCCAGCAAAUUUCCCAUUAAUAUCAGAUGAAGGCCCCUUCCAUUUCUUUCAUCAGUGCUAGAAUUCACAAGCCUCUUCUUGCUGAACAUAAAGCAAGGACACUAUUCCACUGUUUUCCUUUGCGCUGUGGGCGAACACGUUGCAGUGGGCUGCACGAGUCCUUGAUCAUCAAUAUCCCUGUGCCCCACGCCUUCAGAAGGUUAUACACGCCCACACUGUGAUUCAGGGAUGUCCAUGGGACUUAACUUGGCCAAAGAAAUGUGGACCAAUAAAUAUGAGAGGGUCAGCAGCCGGGCAGAUUUUUUUUUUUUUUUUUGGACAGGCAGAGUGGACAGUGAGAGAGAGAGACAGAGAGAAAGGUCUUCCUUUGCCGUUGGUUCACUCUCCAAUAACCUCCGCGGUCGGCGCGCUGUGCUGAUCCGAAGGCAGGAGCCAGGUGAUUCUCCUGGUCUCCCAUGGGGUGCAGGGCCCAAGCACCUGGGCCAUCCUCCACUCACUCCCGGGCCACGGCAGAGAGCUGGCCUGGAAGAGGAUCAACAAGGACAGAAUCCGGCGCCCUUACCGGGACUAGAACCGGGUGCGCUGGCGCUGACAAGGCAGAGGAUUAGCCUUGUGAGCCUCGGCGCCGGCCACGGCAGAGUUUUAAGAGCUCACGUGUCUCUUCCCUCUGUCCCCAAACCAGUGGCACUCUAAACAGAGACUUCUCUGUCACCAGGAACCACGGGCAUCAUUCAUGUAGGGCUGAGCCUUAAUCGCCCUGUGAUGAAUGAGCAGUAUGAGGGAGAAGUGAAACUUUGUUGCGUGCCAGGGUGAGCUUUGCUGGCCGCACCACCUCUGUGUCAGCUGCUCAGCUCUGCCUUUGUGGAGUGAAAAUGGCCAGAGACAAACAUACAGACAAAUGGACAUGGCUGUGUUGCAAUAAAACUUUAUUUACAAAAGCAGGUGGUCAGUCCAAUGGGCCCUCUGGCCACAGUUUGCUGAUGCCUGCAAUAAAUCACUGGGGUUUGGGAGGACCCUGAGCUCCUGCACCAUUAUCUGUCUUAGCUUGACUAGGUUACAAAUCAUUAAAAUAAAAAACAAAGACGACACCAGCCUGAUGCCCACAACAUAAGUCUGAAUGCUUAACCCUCCCGCCCCUUCCUCACAUGCACCUGCCCAAAGCUAACCCCCCAUCCUUCCGUGCUCUGCACAUCCUCAGGCCCCACCUUAAAUGCCAUCUGCAGGGAAGUGAAUCUGUCCUGGCAGGCAAACGCAGCUCUUCCAGACAUGCCUCGUGGAGCCCAUCUCUCCCCACAGCACUGACCACAGCCGUGAUCAAUUAUCCGCGUGCAUCCCGCUCGCGGUGUGCAGACAUGAGGUCAGGCAGCCGAUCAGUCUGGCUCAGUGCUCUCUCCUGCUUCUCCCUGCCUCGCAGUCUGCAGGCAGAUAACUUAGGAAUCAGUACUGAUUCAUUCUUCAUCAAGGGUGGAUACCAGCGUCAGGAUCCAUGUAGUGUGUGUGUGUGUGUGUGUGUGUGUGUGUGUGUAAGGGGGAGAGAGAGAGAGAGACAGAGAGAGAGGAGAAGGUGCCCCUUUCUUGAUGCCCUGCCUACAUCUGCCAGAGCUGAUUCUUCAAACCAAACCCUUUACCGCUCUCUGCUGGAAGAUGGUUGUGUUAAGCAUACAAGUUGAUGGUGUUUCAGGAGUGAAAUCAGAGCAUCCUCUUUUAUUAAAAAAUUGUUUUGUUUAUUUGAAAGACAGAGUUACAGAGAGAGUUAGAGCCAGAGAGAGAGGUCUUCCAUUCCGCUGGUUUACUCCCCAGAUGGCCGCAAUGGCCAGAGCUGAGCUGAUCUGAAACCAGAAGCCAGGAGCUUCUUCCAAGUCUCCCAUGUGGGUGCAGGGGCCCUAGGAGUUGGGCCAUCUUCCACUGCUUUCCCAGGCCAUAGCAGAGAGCUGGAUCAGAAGAGGAGCAGCUGGGACUUGAACCGGUGCCUAUACGGGAUGCCGGGGCUGUAGGCAGGGGUUUAACCCACUGUGACACAGUGCCAGUGCAGCGCAUCCUCUUCUUCAAAGUAGAAAGUUGGCUCAGUGCAUAAACCACACAACCUUUUGCAGAAACGCCGAUAACAAGCUAAGUAUGUGUAUCACUUUACAAUUGGCAAAGCAGAUCCUCACAGCAAGUGGCGCUAUCAACCCAUUUUACAGAUUCAAAUCAACCUGGGUGUCCUAAUGCUGACUCCUUUGUUCGUGACACUCAGUGAACCCAGGCAAGGUGUGGGGUUUCUGUGAAACACUGGGGGAGGCAGGAACCCGGAUGGACUUUGACAGUUGUUGCUCACCUGCCUCCCCCUGCACUCUCUCCUUGGUUGUAAGCCCUGAUUUAACACAGGGUAUCUGUGCUGUUUCCAUGUGUUGUACAGCCUGUUGAGGCAUCUCUGAUGUUAUGGAAAGAGCGCUAGACUAGGAGUCUGGCAUGUCUGAAUUCCAGUGCCAGCUGCACCCCAAAUAAGUGUGCUGACCAUGAAUCGUUCUCUGCAGAGCUAAGCCCAAACCCCCCAGCUGUCAGAGGAGGGGAGGAUCGUGGCCUCGCACAUGGUCGUGAGGCCGCGUGGGCCAUGUGCCCGCUGCCCGUACUGUCUCCUUGCUGGGUACUUUUCCUCCAGCCACCUCGUCGUCACCACCACCUGCCUGGCCCCCAGGUCUUCCCCGGCCUCUCGUCUUUCCGUGUGUGAUUUUCACCUUGUGCCUUCCCCCCUGCGUUUUCUAAGAAUUCUUGGAGCUGCUCUGCCGGCUUGCUAAUUGGGUUUUUUUCCAUUCUACUGUUAGGCUUCUCUGUUAAUUUCCUUCACUGUGCUUUUCGUCUCCACGGGUUUGCGUUGUUCCGUGACUGCUGGCCCUUCCCAGCAGCCUCCCGGUGGUCCACUAACCGUGCCCCAAACCAUUCCCCACGCAGCUCCCCGAGGAAAAGGGGCUGGCUGACGUCAGAGUCCCCAGGCACCUUCCCGAAGGGGUUCCUGGGAAUGCAGGUCCCGUCUCUGAGGGCCUAUUUGCUGAGGUGAGCAGGUGCGGGUAAGCCAAACUCAGGGUUGUCAAGAGCAGACCAGGAAAGUGGGCUUAGGCAUAGGGUUGGUGGUUUUGCAAGUCCCCGAGCUAAAGGGAGCCACCUGACUUAGUGACCUGGCAAAGGCCCCCAGGUAAAGGAGGAACUCUUGCUGGUAACAGCUGCCCAGAGCCCCCAAAGCCACCCACUGCUCCCUCAUCUACUUGUGGGCACAUCUGGGACACCUGUGCUCAGAAGAGCUGUACUUACCAAAAAGAAUUGGAGGAGACAUUUCCAUGGAGACAGAGGACCUUAGAAGUUCACCUGGACUCUGCUAAUCCCCCUCCAGGUUUGCACUAGCAGUGGCCCAGAGUGACCUGUGAGUCUUUCAUCCAAGUCAGGGACCUGCAGCUGCAAAUACCCGACUCAACCUGGGUAAUAGUAGCGCUCAGCUAGGUAAUCCUUCCAGUAAGCGACAGAGCCAGGAUUAAAAGCCCACUGGGUGUGGCUGCAUAAGCCAGGCGCUCCUCUGCUGGGCCGUAUUCACUGAGUAGAGUCUGCUUACCACGCGGGGAGUGGGUGUUCAGCCUAGUCGUGACAACACCAUGUGGGACACCCAUAUCCGGUAUCAAAGCACCUGGGUCCAGUGCCCAGCCCUAGCUCCUGACUUCAGCUUCCUGCCGAUGCAAACCCUGGGAAGCAGUUAAUGAAGGCUUACGUGCCUGAGUUCCUGUCACCCACAUGGGAAGACCUGGAUUGAGUUUCUGGCUCCUGGCUUUGGUCCCGGGUCAGCCCCAACCAUUGCCAGGGAGGGAACCAGUGGAUGAGAUUCUCUCUCUCUCUCUCUCUCUCUCUCUCUCUCUCUCUGUCUCUGUCUCUUCCUUCCCAGGGCUCCUUCCUCUCUCUCUGUCUUCAUAUCUUUCCAAAAUAAGUGAGAGUUUCUUUGUCAUUCAUGCUGUUCUUUCCCCUUCCCAAUGAUGUGUUGGCUUUUUCUUAUAUUUUCUGUUAGAUAUUUCAGUGUUAGAAGCAAAAGAGAGUUGGACCAAAGAUUCUCCUAGACUGUCCCAAGUGUAACAUCCUCUAAACCCAACACAGGGCACGGGUAGGCCAGUCCUGUCUCCCCCAAGAGACAGCCCCCGUAGCUUACUUGCCGUAAUUCAUCCACUGUGUGGUUAGAGGGGCAGGGACUGGGCAUGGCUGAUAGGCGUUUGAAGCACAUUUGCUACUGCUUCUCCCGAACUGGAACCCAGACUGCUAUGCAGAGGUGCUGAGUUACCAGAUCUCUCCAUGGCAAUGUGGAGAUUAUUCUGUAGAUUUACAGGGUUUUCUUUCAUUCAGCGAAAGAGACACAGGGAAGCAGUGAGAUGGAAAGAGACAGCAGACCAGGAAGAUGGCCAGCAUCCGCUCAUUGCUAGCCAUCUCUCUUGGCCAGGUCUCCUCUGACUCAGAAAACAAGGUUGGAAACAAUGACUUUUCCUCCAGCUGCGUGAACGCAAUGAGUAUGUUGAGUGAUGACCUCCAUCAGCACAGAGAGGCUGUGGGAGGCUGUGGAGUAAAAGAACACUAGGAGGUGGCCCGUUAGCUUGCAACUGAGGACAACCUGCACUUCAGAAGCCCUGUACUACUUCUGUGACAGUGUUUUGAUUUUUUAAAAAGAUUUAUUUUAUUUUUUUGCAAGAGUUACAGUGAGAGGUAAAGCCAUAGGGAGAGAAAGGUCUUCCAUCGGCUAGUUCACUCCCCAAAUGACAGCCAGAGCUGUGCUGAUCCAAAGCCAGGAGCCAGGAGCUUCUUCUGGGUCUCCCAUGCAGGUGUAGGGGCCCAAGGACUUGGGCCAUCUUCUGCUGCUUUCCCAGGCCAUAGCAGAGAGCUGGAUGGGAAGUGGAGCAGCCAGGACUUGAACCAUCACCCAUGUGCAAUGCUGGCACUGCAGGCCAGGGCUUUAACUCACUGUACCACAGCACCGGCCAGCACCAGCCGAUAGCAUUUUGUUUGAUGUAGUGUUGGGGAUCAGAGGAGGGGGUUGCAGAGACCCAGAGAUCCCUUCGUGCACAUAGUUCACCUGCUGCUCAAAAUGGAAUACUUCCUGCAAAUUAACCAGACAGCAGCGUUCCCCAAGACCAUUUACAUUACCAUUGUUUAUUGCUAUCACAACUCAAGAGGCGGAGUUAGGCCGACUGCUCUCCUUUCGGAGAAACAGGAAGCUGGUGACACUGUGGACUUUCACGCUCCGAAGCUUCCUAUGAGCUGCGGUGAGGCAGCAGGGAUUUUAUACAAAGAGAAACUGGGACAAGGCGAGCCCGUGUUCCCCUGCUCUUAGGAUCCUCGGUGAGGGAGUGGCCGGAAGGGAGGCGAGGGCCCAUGUGGGAACUCGAUCAGGAAACGGCUGCAGAAAAAAAGAGGUAUGGCAGGAAGCAAUUUCCAAAUUUUCCCUGUCGUGGUAUAUGUGGCCACCAGACCACGCCACUGGCCACCACGUGGAAGCCAGCCACGUACCCUGCGACACUAAUCACCAUGUCCCUGGGUCACGUAGGGGUCACGUAAAAUAUGAAUGCUCUCCCACUGCCCCACCACAUAAGCAGGUCUUCAGGCUUCCUCCAAGGCAGAAGAGGAACACAAUCAGCCCUUGCUAACUGCCCCCACCUCAUAGGGCCGGCCUCUCGUGGCCCAGUAAGGUGGAGUGCUGUGGGUGGGAGCUGGGUUGAUGACAGGUUGGAGCUGGGUCCUGAAAUGGGCGAUCCGUUUCUCACAGGCUCCUGGGAGAAGUGCGUUCAGAAUGGAGAGGGUGCUUGGUUCACACCCAGUGAAUUUGCAGUGGAAGGGAGGUGGGGGCACUCCAAGAACUGGAAGCGGAGUAUAUGCUGACGAGGGAAGUCUCUCCGGGAGCUGCUGGCGGUGUGUUGGUGAUGACGGGGGGCACACAGGUCGCGAUUUGAGACCUUUGAAGAAUGAGUCGGUUUGCAGUGGCAGAAAUGCAAACUGCCAUUAAGCUGCAGCAGCGUGACGUAGACAGAGCUCAAUGCGGGUGGACAAACGUGGCGGACAGGAACGCAGACUGGGAGGGAAACAGCGUGGAUGGGCAAGGGAUGGGAUGCAGGAGUUGGGUCUUGGGUUUGAGUCACAGAGAAAGGGCUGAUUUUCCCACUAAGCGAAGUCCAAAAGAAGGGGCCCGUUUGCAUUUGGGCACCUUGAGUUUGAGAUCUGAGGAGGGAGCACUGUGAUGUUUACAAAGGAGCCCCCAGGUUAAGCUCAUUCACCGGCUCCAUCUCUCUCAGAAAGGACUUCUGCUCUGGCUCCCGAGAAUAACUCUCGGGAGGUGACCAGCAGGUGAAUUCCUGCCAUGUUCUCUGUCUGGCUGAAGGCCUUAGGGCCCCCGAGUUUCCCAGCUCUGAGUCGCCUUCACACCUGGGCGUGACAUCUUCGUAGCGACGGUUUUAGCACAACGUUCCAUGUCCAUGCCAUGUGGGAGACCUGGAAGAAGCUCCUGGCUCUUGGCUUUGGCCUUUCUCAGCCCUGGCUGUUGCAGCUAUUUGAGUAAUGAACCAGUGAUGGAGGAAAUCUCUCUCUCUCUCUCUCACUCUGCCUUUCAGAGUUGGGCAAGGCUAAAGGCAGGACUGGGAAACCCACCCAGGUCUCCCACAUGGGUGGCAGGAACCCAACCACUUGAGCCAUCCCUGCUGCCUCCCCGGGUCUGCCUUAGUAGGGAGCUGGAGUCAGGACUGGAACCAGAGAUCCAGCCCAGGCACCGAUAUGGAAUGCGGCGUCUUAGCCAGCAUCUUGACCACCAAACACCUGCCCUCAGAUUUCUGUAAUGAUUAUUACUGUGUGAAAAACAAUUGAAGAUCUUUAAAAUAUAGAUCAUUCAUUAAUAUCCUAGAUAUUGCAGUGUUUCUAAUCCUUAUAAUGCCAUAUGGCAGCACACGAUAGCCAGGGACACACCCAGUCUCACCUCUCAGUCCUGCCUCCUGAGACAGGAUGAAGGGUAGGGCUGGCCUUGCCCUCGGCCACUUGCCCCAGUACCUGACUGUACCUGUGCAGCUCACCCGGCCUGCUCGGGGUCUAGCUUUGUGUAUGCAUGUGAUAGAGAGAACCGAUGCUGAUACUCCAAAGGCAUUUUCUGUGGUGUCCGUGGGGUGCUGCCUCUGUGACCGAAAGUGUGUGGGAGGCAGGUGCAGAGUCCCAGGUUCAGUGCCUGUGGGCCGGUGAGGGUCCUUGUCUUGGGCAGGGGGACAGGACAAUGGCUCAUGCCCCUUGUGAGUGACUGGAAGUCCAUUGCACCUGCUCAGAGAAGGGUGUCACCCUGUGAUGUCACACUGGUGCUUCUGGAGAAAGUCAGAUGCAGAUCAGCCCCUGCCUGCAAAGGUUUGGUGUAACGGCAGCGCUGUUGAGGUGUCCAAGGGUUGCCUGGUAAAGGUGCAUCAUGUCCCUUGGGCAGCUGAGAUGCUGUUGACCCAGGCACUGAACAGGCCACGGCCGUCAACCCUGCGCCUGCAGAGUGGUCACCCAUUGCUCGGUAGAAAAAGUCAGUAAUUUCAGUACUCCUGGGUGUAGGGUCCUCAGUGGGUAGAGUCGCAGCAUUCGGAGUGUGGUGGUCCACCACGAAACACCUUUCAUUCUUUCCAGGUUUAAGAACAGGCCAAGUUGGGCUGUUAGCUACAGAAGCCGUGGGAAUAAUCACCUCCUCUGUAGACAGGUCUUGUAUAACGAGUGUCAAUCUUUCAAGGCCCGGUUUUAAUUUAUGCUGACUAUCUAACAUUGAUUAUUUAACAGGGAGGAGCUUCGUGGGGUUCCAUUGUGUAAAACUGACUGUAAGCACCAAAUACGUCAUUGCAUUUUCACUUAUUACUGGGUCAGUGCAUCUGUGCCCACUACAGAAAAUGUCAGGACAAUGUGUGUGAUACAGUGAAGUUAAAUAAAUAAAAUAAACUCUGCUGUCCAGAAACUAGAGGGAAGUUGGAAGUUGGAAGGACAUGAAAAGGAAGGAGGAAAUGCCCUUUACCUUGCAAAACGCUGUGUGCUUGUGGAGGAGCCGGCACCAUUGCUGUACAAACCACGACCCUGUGUGUUCUUCCUUACCCAGGUCCAGCCCCAGGGCUUCCUAAGCGGCUCACUGUAACCCUGACUGUGCAGACAAAGCCAUCACACAGCCAUUGUCACACGAAUGGAUCCAGCUCCAAUACAGGCCUUUAUCUGUAGGGAAUGGCACCAACCUCGGACAGCUCUAUGAUGUCCAAGAACAUGUGAUGUCCACAGUGAUCCUAUGACAAUGGGUAACCCCAUCUCACAGAUGGGAAAACUGAGGUACAGAGAGGCUAAGUAACCUACCCAAGAUUUCAUAGCUAGAAAGUGGUAGAAUUUCCUCUGGAACCCACACAGUCUGGCAUUUGUGUUCUUAAUUCCUAGCCUGUCUAAGAAAGAACUUCCUGGCCAGCGCCGCGGCUCACUAGGCUAAUCCUCUGCCUGCGGUGCCGGCACCCUGGGUUCUAGUCCCGGUUGGGACGCCGGAUUCUGUCCCGGUUGCUCCUCUUCCAGUUCAGCUCUCUGCUGUGGUCUGGGAAGGCAGUAGAGGAUGGCCCAAGUGCUUGGGCCCUGCACCCACAUGGGAGACCAGGAGGAAGCACCUGGCUCCUGGCUUCUGAUCAGCGCAGCGCGCCGGCUGUAGCAGCCAUUUGGGGGGUGAACCAACGGAAGUUGACUCCUCUCUGUCUGUCUCUCUCACUGUCUAACUUUGUCAAAAAAAAGAAAAAACCUCCUGCUGAAGACACAACUGACAUAUGAGGAAAGGGAAUUAAAAUGUAAGUUCAGGUGUGUUUGGCCCAACACUUAAGACACCAGGUAAGAUGCCAGUGUCAUGUUACUAUUAUUAGCGUAGCUAAAAAUGAAGACUGACAGUGCUAAGAGCAGACAAGGAUACAGAGCAGCAGGAAAUCGCAUGGCUGGCCGAUGGUAAUGCCGAAUGGUCCAGUCGGAGUUAUUCGGAAGUCAGAGUUACAGAGAGAGAUCUUCCAUCAGCAGUUCACUCCUCAGAUGGCUGCAGUGGCCAAGCUGAGCCAGGUGGAUGGCAGGAGCUUCGUCUGAGUCUCCCAUGUGGGUGGCAGGGGCCAAGGACUUGGGCCGUCUUUCUUCUGUGGCCUUUCCCAGCCCAUUAGCAGGAAGCCAGAUCAGAAGUGGAACAGCCCGGACACGACCCGGUGCCCAUGUGGAUGCUGGCAGCAUUGCAGGCAGAGGCUUUACCAGCUGUGCCACAGCAGUGGCCCCAGUAGUCAUUUUAUUUUUUUAAUAAAAUUAAACUUGGGCUUAUCUUGGACCCAGCAACCUGCUCGUAGAUACUAAAGUGGAAACACAGUUCCACAUAAAGACCUGCACACUGAUGGUUGUAGCAGCUUUGUGUAUGAUAGCCAAAGACUGAACAUAACCCAGUUGUCAUCUACAAGUAAACGAAUUAGCAGGUGGUAGCACAUCCAUACAGUGAGGUAACCACUCAGCAAUAAAGAAGGAUGAACUCCUGCUACCUCCAGCAGGGGCACACCCAAGAGCACUGGGCUCACCGGGAGUAGUCAGACCCAGAAGGCUGGUAGUGGUGGCAGUCCACUCGUGCGGUGGCAGCUAUAUGACCAUGCACAGAAGACAACACUCUGGGGCCAAAAUGCCGGUCGGGGGGGGGGGGGGUUGCCUGGGACUGGAGGGGGAGGGGAGCCUGUGGGAGCUUCCUGGGUGAAGAAGCCGUUCUUUGUCUUCACUGUGUCAGUGUCACAUGACUACGUACUUGUCAAAACUCAACCUACUUUUUUGUUGUUCAAGAUUUAUUUAUUUAUUUGAAAGGCAGAUGCCGGCGCCGCGGCUCACUAGGCUAAUCCUCCGCCUUGUGGCGCUGGCACACCAGGUUCUAGUCCCGGUCGGGGUGCCGGAUUCUGUCCCGGUUGCCCCUCUUCCAGGCAAGCUCUCUGCUGUGGCCAGGGAGUGCAGUGGAGGAUGGCCCAGGUGCUUGGGCCUUGCACCCCAUGGGAGACCAGGAGAAGCACCUGGCUCCUGCCAUCGGAUCAGCGCGGUGCACCGGCCGGCCAUUGGAGGGUGAACCAACGGCAAAGGAAGACCUUUCUGUCUCUCUCUCUCUCUCACUGUCCACUCUGCUCUGCCUGUCAAAAAAAAAAAAAAAAAGAAAAGAAAAGAAAAGAAAAAGAAAGAAAAAGAAAGGCAGAGGUACAGAGAAAGACAGAGAGAGAGAGAGAGAGAGAGAGAGGUCUUCCAUCCACUGGUUCACUCCCCAAAUGGCUACAGUGUCCAGAGCUGGGCCAUUCUGAAGCCAGGAGCCAGGAGCUUCUUCCCAGUCUCCCAUGCAGGUGCAGGGGCCCAAGCACUAACGCCAUCCCCCACUGCUUUCCCAGGUGCAUUAGCAAGGAGCUGGAUGGAAAGUGGAGCAGCCAGGACUCGAACUGACACCCAUAUGGGAGGCUGGCACUGCAGGUGGCUACCCCACUCACUAUGCCACAGAGCUCACCACUCACUACACCUGAGCCUACAUCUUUAAAAGGAAUUUACUGUAUGUCAGUUAUACCUCAAUGAGGCUGACUUCACAAUAAAUAAACAACCAACUACGUGAUCAAACCAUCAGUGGAACCCCCAGUUCCACUAAAAAUACAAUUAUGCAUUCUGGCUCCCAUCAUCUCCCCCCACCAUGGUCCCCUAGAUUGGUCCUUCUUCUCUGUUCUCUCCAAGGUGACUGAUGUGUCUUCCAGACUUUUCUUCGAGGGUCUUUGCCGUGGCGGGGGGAGGGCUUGUGGAAAGCAGGAAAGAGUGUGGCAUCCAGAGCCUUCCACCUCAGCCCGGGGCGAUGACUUGAAAGUGACUGUGCCUUCUUCCCUCACCUCCCAGGCUAGCCUUUCUUUGCCGAAGAGGGAGAUUACAGAAGAGAGAGCACGUGGGGCCGGCUGGGGCCGGCGCUGUGGCGUAGCGAGUGACGCCACCGUCUGCAGUGCCCGCAUCCCAUGUGGACGCUGAUUCCAGUCCCGGCUGCUCCACUUCCAGUCCAGCUCUCUGCUAUGGCCUGGGAAAACAGUGGAAGAUGGCCGAAGUCCUUGGGCCCCUGCACCCCAUGUGGGAGACCCGGAAGAAGCUCCUGGCUGCUGGCUUCGGAUCGGCACAGCUCCAGCCAUUGCAGCCAUCUGGGGAGUGAACCAGCAGGUGGAAGACCUUUCUCUCUCUCUGCCUCUCCUCUCUCUCUGUAACUCUGCCUUUCAAAUAAAUAAAUAAAUCUUUAAGAGAGAGAGAGAGUGCACAUGCCACCCAGGUCAGGGCGUCCGUUUCUGCCUGACUUUCCGGAGCCCGUGGCUGGACUGUCAGAAGGGAGGGUGUUGGCUGCCAUCUUUAGGUGCACCGGCAGCGGUCACCACCGACAACACUGGUUCCUGGAGGAGGCUCUCUGGCUGCUUAGAGUCCCUGGAGUGAUGCUUCCUGUCUCUGGACCCGAAUUCCCCCCGGUUCGUCUAAGGAGACAGCCCUGGUGAAUUUCCGUGGAUGUUUGUUUCCCACCCCUGCCUCCCAUCUGCAGAGACGGACACGCUGGGUGAUUCCGAGCUGGGAAUGGUUUUGUCUGCUGCUUGUCCGCUCUCUGAGACACGGUGAGGUUCUCUGGGCUCCUGGCCCGUUCACUCCGCGGGCCAAACAGAAAGGCAGACACUACAUCUGCCCCUUCCUCCUUCCCAUCAGCUGGAGUGUAAAUGUGAUGACAGGAGCACUAGCAGCCACCUUGGAUCAUGAGGUCACACACUAAUCAUGGCAGGGUAGAAGAGAAUGAGCCUGGUGAGUGCAGAGCUGCUGCGGAGGCCUGGAUUUUCUUUUACAUACAAAAAAAUCUAUUUCUAAGUUUUAAGAAAAUUAUUUAAUUUGUUUGAAAGGUAGAAAGACAAAAAUCUCCCAUCUGCUGGUUCCCUCUCCAAAAUGCCUGUGAAUUCCAGGGCCAGGCCAGGCCAGAGCUUGGAGCCUGGGACUCAAUCCAGGUGUCCCAAGUGGGCGGCAGGGACCCACGUAAGCCACCGCCUGCUGCCUCCCAGGAUCUGCAUUAGCAGGAAGCUGGAGCUGGGGGCAGAGCCAAGGCUUGAGCCCAGACGCGCCCAUAUAGGCGGCAGGCGUCCCAAGCAGCACCGUAACUACCGCGCCAGGCGCCCACCCCGACCUCUGAUGUCCGAAGUCCCUGUGACCUGACUGCUGUUCUUGUUUUACGCAGCCAAACUAAGUAAUGCAAGAACUGCCAACAGCAACUGGUUUCAGAAGACAAGUGCACCCCAAAGCUUCCCGAGAACUCAAACGAGGCAGAGCAGGCUGCCGAAACUGCUCAUCUGACUUUAGGAUAAAAGACGACAUGGGGCCGGCGCUGUGGCGUAGCGGGUAAAGCCCCAGCCUGCAGCGCCAGCAUCCCAUAUGGGCACCAGUUCGAGUCCCGGCUGCUCCACUUCCGAUCCAGCUCUCUGCUGUGGCCUGGGAAAGCAGUGAAAGAUGCCCAAGUCCUUGGGCCCCUGCACCCACAUGGGAGACCUGGAAGAAGCUCCUGGCUCCUGGCUUCGGAUCGGCACAGCUCUGGCUGUUGCAGCCAAUUGGGGAGUGAACCAGCAGAUGGAAGACCUCUCUCUCUCUCUCUCUGCCUCUCCUCUCUCCGUGUAACUCUGACUUUCAAAUAAAUAAAUCUUAAAAAAAAAAAAAAAAGACGCUGAAAAUGGUUUCACUGAGGCCAGUUCAGUGUGUCCAGCAGCGAGGUUUGUGAGGCAAAU